AUGCCAGACGAAAAGAAAUCCGAAGAAAAGAAAUUGAAGCCAUGCUGCGCCUGUCCAGAAACCAGAAAACCAAGAGAUGAAUGUAUAUUAUUGAAAGGAGAGGAGAAUUGUAAAGAAUUAAUAGAAGCACAUAAAGAUUGUAUGAGAAAAGCAGGGUUUAAGGUCUGA